AUGCCUGCCAAAAACCGCCCUGCAAAGCGUGUGCUCAAUCGUUGGAGUGAUGAUCUCGACAAGGGAGUCCUGCUUUGUGUUCAGUAUGCGUGUGCAGAAGCUGGCCUGAAGAUUCCAUGGAGUCGUGUUGCGACUCUCAUGGGUCCCACCUUCACUGAAGGCUCCAUCGUUCAACACCUUGCAAAGCUUCGAAACCUCAUGGCCCAUCAUGGUAUUCCUGUGCCACCAGCUGUGAAGCGUGGGAUGGUCACAAAAGAACUAUCAAAGAUCUACACCAACGCGGGCAACAAGGUCAAGCUCGAAGUAAUUCCUCCAAUGUUUCCCGCGGUGGACGCGGACGACCAAGACGAAGGUGAAGAGAAGGGAUCCAUCUAUGACAAAGCCAAGCGUGCUCGUAAGAAGGAGGCUCCCAAAGAGAAAGAUGUGCCGGUGAAGAAGGAACCGAAAUCCAAAGGAAAGGGAAAAGGGAAAGCUAAAGGUCAUCGUCACCAAUCAAGUGACGAGGAAGAUAACGAACCUGUUCCAGAUUUGUAUGAUUCCGAUGAGGAGUAUCCUACACCUAAGAAGCGCCGCAACGACAAGACCAAGGCGAAGAAGGUUGCUGAAGCUUCCGCAGCUCUCGAUGAAGCCGAAUCUCCCACCCCCUCGUCGGUCGAAGCAACAAUUGUUGAUAACCACAAGGCUAUCAAGCAGGAGGAAGAGGAACUCGUUGGCUCUACUCGUCGCACUCGUGGAAUCAAGCGUGACUAUGCUAUCAUGGCCGCACCUUCCGACGAUGAAGCUGAUGUUGACGAGGAAGUCCCGGAAUAUUUAGACGAAGAGGCUGAAGGCAGCUAUGGUAGUAUUGACGUUGAUGAAGGCGAUGGUGGCAGUGAUGACACGGACGAAGCGUCUAGCGAAGCGUCAACCAUCAUCCUCGGUGGUCAGCAAGUAGACUCUCAAAUUCUUGGUCAGCAGAAUGUGGCUGGUCUCCCAUAUGGCCAGAUCAUCUCCACCACUACGGCUCCUUUCACCCACCUCAAUACCUCGAAUGCCGGAACAUACGGUCAUCAUGGUCACAUUGGUGUCGGCCUCAUCCAUAACCCAUACUCGGUUCCUGGGCUCGGAUAUUCCGGUGCCACGUUCUUGAACCCAGUGCCACAAGCGUAUCCAGCAUCGCAGUUCCAGAGCGUGAGCAUGUACGGUUCGUCCACGGAUUCAUCCCGCAACAAUUCGAUUGCUGCUGGCAUGAUGUUCACGACUCUUCCAUCGAUGUCUGACAACGAGUUCUUGACCCCGCAUACCGGCUUCGGACAUGGUAAUACCGGCGAUGUGAUCAACGAGGAGGACAUGAUGAACAGCACGGCAAACGACGAUAUCUUCUGGAACGCUGGUGACUAUCUGGUCGAUGAUGCUUAG